ACUAUAAAAAAGCAGGGCGUCUGCACAAACCAUAACAGGCUGGACCAUAACCAGCAGGUUUGAUGCUGCACAGCGACUCCGCAAUCUUCGGUAGCGUCAUUCGAUGAAUUUGUCUAAGAAGACAAGAAACGCAUAGUCGGCCUUGCGAACUCGAUUGUCAAGCGCGAUUCUGGUUUGCCGGCGGGUUUACCACUGCUCACCCAAAUCCUAAGAUGCAGUCGCGCUCAUUAGGGUCGCGCGGCGGUGUGCCGGCGCUGGGCGGCGCCGAGCUCGCAUCGGUCGUGGUUCCACAGGCGUGGCCGUGCGUGCGAAGUGCCGCUCGUCGCGCCUGCGCGGCUGGCGGUUCACAAGCGCGUACUCAUACAAACCCGCAAGUCCGUAUGCUGGUGCAGCAGGUGGCGGAGCGCACCGCCACCGCCGCAAGCACCUCAGGAGUGGGCACGCCUGGCAUCCAGCACGAUGCCAGCAGCGCUGCAACCACGAUCGGUGGCUCGUGGCUCAACUCCAUCGCCGGCGUGGCGUUCGCAACCGCCGUUUCAGCUUUCGACACUUGCUCCUCGGGUUUCGACCAUGAUGACCCCGGGGCGACGGGGGCGCAGUCAAGCGGCAGGCUCAAGUGCAACGAAGCUAGUGCUGGGCAUGCAGACGGCACCCACGGCACCGUCAGCAGUAGCGGCAGCGGCUGCAGUGACAGUAGCAGCGCAGGGGAGUCGGGCACGAGCGCUUCGUCGCGGCCAUCUGAAGCAAGCUGCAUGACGCACCAGCAGCAACGUGCCAAGGCCGCUGGUUGGCGCGAUGCAGCAGAGCCGCUGCGUGCGGCGGCGGCUGCCGCGGCGGGCAUGGCGGCCAAGGCCGCCGCAGGCACCCCAACGGUCAACAGCGCAGCCCACCAAGGCGCUUCAGCACCCUUAACCUCACACGCAAAUGCAGCAGUCGUAGCAGAAGCCGUGCUGAGGACGGCGCCGGAGCCUGGGCCCGAGCCUGGGCCUGAGCCGCCAGGGUCUGCUGCAUCGCCUGUGGGGGCGGCGGACUGGCUGCAGCGCACGCAACUGCUGCUGGGCCCCGAGGGUCUGGACAAGCUGGCGGCGGCGCGGGUGCUGGUGGUGGGGCUGGGAGGCGUGGGCAGCUACGUGGCGGAGUUCCUGGUGCGGGCAGGCGUGGGCCACCUGGCCAUCGUGGACGGCGACGUGGUGGACGUGACCAACAAGAACAGACAGCUGCCAGCGCUGGACUCCACGGUGGGCCAGCCCAAGGCGGAGGUGAUGAGCCGCCGGCUGCUGGACAUCAACCCACAUCUCAACCUGGUGGUGCGACAGGAGUUCCUGGUGCCGGACAGCGCCGGUCUGCUGCUGCUGGACCAGGUGGCGGCACAGCUGGAGGACCAGUGGCAGCGCAGGCAGCAGCGGCAUGGGCAGCAGGGCCAGGGGCAGGGGCAGCAGGGCCAGGAGAUGGAUCAGGGGCUGGACAUGCCGCAGGAGCAGGGCUCAACGCAGGGCGGCUCGGUAUUCGCCCCAAGCAGUGCCCAUGGCCCAACCCCAGUAGUAGCACUCGACUGGGUGGUGGACUGCAUCGACAGCAUUGCGCCCAAGCUGGCACUCGUGGCCGCGGCGCACAGGUCGGGUGCACGUGUUAUCUCUAGCAUGGGCGCAGGCGGCCGCCUGGACCCGCUCUCUGUGCACGUGGCCGACAUCAGUGAGACGUAUGGAGACUCCUUCGCCGCGCACGUGCGCCGGGGGCUGCGGAAGACGUAUGGCAUUCGCGAGGGCGUGGCAGUAGUGUUCUCCACAGAGCCCUGCCGCAAGGCCAGUUUGGCUCUGUCGCCGGGGGCGCUCCAGGGGUACAAGAAGAGCUACUAUGGCACCAUCUCAUUCUUGCCCGCCAUCUUUGGCCUGCACAUCGCGGCCCACAUCCUCAACGUCAUCGUGGACGGACCCAUGCUGCAGACCGAGAGGGUCCAGCGGGCGAAGCUGCGCGCAGCUCGGGACGCCGGCACACCUGGAGCAACAAAACAACAGAAGCAAAAGCAGAAGGGGGCCGCCAACGGAGCCACUGGCGCAGCGGCUAAGUGGCGCGGGAAGCGGCAUCACCAACAGCAGCAGCAAGGCUCAGGGGAGGGGGCGAGCAGUAGCGGCACUCAUGUGGACAGUGUGGAGGUUGAGAGCGUAAGAAUGUUGGGGCGGGAAGGCGAGGCUUGCCAGCCGCAGGUGGUGGCUACGCUGCAGCACGCAAGGCGGCCUCCGCUGCCGCGUCCAGCGCUGCAUGCCAGCAGCUGGUGGGAAGCGGUGAGGGCCGGGGAUGGCAAUGAGGGCCACGGCAUUUAAGGGUGACGAAUUACCUAGUGCAGAGGCAAUUGGAACACAAAGAAGGAAACACGCAGGCAAAUGUAACUUGGCAUCGCAUGAAUUGCUUGACAUGACGCACGGCAUUGUGCACCCUGGCUGGUGGUGGUGGCAUGACAGAAACAUGUACCGUAUUUGUGUGGCCUUUGUUGAAUGAGGUGCCAAGCGCAAGACUGGAACGCCUGUUUUCUGGACUGCCGUAACAAUCAAACGAAUUGCAUAUGCAAAGCACCCAAUGUGCUCCCAGACGGCUCUCGGCUACAUCUGGCUUUUUUUUAGGAAUCAUCCUU